CAGCAAACGAUGAUUCUCACUGUGCUCGGUGCCGUUGCCGGGUUGCUGGGAGGGUUGUACCUGUUUCUAGCCUGGGAAUUCAACUACUGGGAGAAACGUGGAGUGAAAGGACCAAAACCGAAGCUGCUUUUCGGCAACCUUCCGUAUCUGCUCACCCGAAAGCGCAACAUGGUCUAUAACUACGAACAGUUGUACAACGACUACAAGAAUGAACCCGUUGUCGGUUACUUUAGCAUUCGAACUCCUCAGCUGCUAGUAAAGGAUCCAGAACUGAUCAAGGAGGUGCUCAGCAAGAGUUUUCACAAUUUCGGCGCAAACGAGUUUUCGGACACCGUGGACGAAAAAUCUGAUCCGCUACUGGCACGAAACCCAUUCAGUUUAAGCGGCGAAAAGUGGAAAAAUCGUCGCGCAGAAAUUACGCCAGCUUUCACCAACAAUCGGAUUAAAUCGCUCGUGCAACUCAUGGAUGAAGUUUGCCAGAACAUGACGAAGUAUGUUGUUGCUCAAACCGAUUCUACUACCGGAGUAGCCAAGCUGGACACGAAGGAGCUAACAUCCAAGUACACUACUGACGUUGUGGCAAGCUGCAUUUUUGCUAUCAACGCGCAGUCCUUCGAAAAGGAGAAGCCAGAAAUCCGUGAAAUGGGAAGACGCAUAAUGAACUUCAGCUUCGUUGUUCAGCUGGUACUGCUGACGACGACGUUCAUUCCAUCCAUAAAAAAGUUCUACAAGUUCACUUUCAUACCGAAGGACACCGAGGCCUUUUUUAUCCGCAUAAUGCAGGACGCGAUUCGCUAUCGGAGGGAUAAUAAAAUCAACCGCACGGACUAUCUGGACUACCUGCUGCAUCUGCAGGACCGGAAGCAGAUCACAGACAUCGACAUGGCGGGACACGGUGUAUCAUUCUUUGCCGAUGGAUUCGAAACGUCUAGUUUGGCGUUAACCUAUUGCCUCUACGAUUUGGCCUCAAACCGCGACGUGCAGGAUGCCCUGCGUAGGGAAAUUAUUUCGGUGAAACAAAACAAAGAGGGAGGCAUGUCCUACGAGAAUUUGAUGGAAAUGCCCCUGCUGGAACAGGUACUUUGCGAAUCGCUGCGAAUGCACCCGAUCGUGGCAGUCAUGUCAAAACAGUGCACGGCGGAUACGGUAUUGAUCGCACCUAACGGUCAAAAGAUUCCAGUGGAACAAGGGACUACGGUUGCAAUACCAUACUAUGCGAUUAACUUCGAUCCGAAGUACUUCGACGACCCGCAUCGCUACAAUCCGGAACGGUUUUCUCUGGCCAAUGGAGGCAGCAAGGCGUACCGCGAGCGUGGCGUCUACUUUCCGUUCAGUGUUGGUCCCCGGAUGUGCCUUGGUAUGAGGUUUGCUCAAGCGCAGGUGAAACGGGCGAUCGUCGAGAUUAUUGAAAAGUUUCAACUGACAGUAAACAGGAAAACGCAAGAACCGUUCGAGAUGGACCCGACGAAUUUCCUACUCUAUCCGGUAGGCGGAAUUUGGCUGGACUACAAGCCCAUCGCCUAGAAAACUGGUUCCCCACAAUGUUGCCUUCAUAGCCGCCUUUAGAGGAAUUAAGUGUCCCGCGCCCCUUUUCAGAGCGUCCAAUGGAUAAAUAUUUGGACGAAUAAAAGCUUUUUAUUACUGUA